UACCCAAACAUCCUCACAUCUCCGAUUUAGCUCCAUGUUUGACAAUUUCUAACCUGAACGUCUUCCUUCAUAAACUCCCCCACACCACCGCGACGCCUCCCUAAUCCCCUUUUCUGUAGCGGCUUCGCGUUUACAGAUGGCUUUGGAUAAAGCGCAGCUUCUUCUCGUAGGGUUGCCUCUCUUUCUCUUCUGUUCAGACGUCUUCAACCUCUUCGCACCUGCACCUGCCAAACCCGCCGCCCAUCACCACCAUGUUCCGCCACAAAAACCCCAACAGUUUCAAACCGCGUCGAUCCAACAACCCCUCGAUUUCCCCACGCAGAAAGCCAGUGGGUUUGGUGGAGGGAUCGGCUUAGGUAACACUGUCCAGAUUGACUUCUGCGCCUCAUGUUCUUACAGGGGAAAUGCAGUGACAAUGAAGAAUAUGUUGGAAUCAGAAUUUCCAGGACUGAAUGUUGUUCUUGCAAACUAUCCACCUCCACUUCCAAAACGGUUAUUAUCCAAAGUGGUGCCUGUGGUUCAAUUUGGGGUGAUUGGUGUGGUGAUGGCGGGUGAACAUAUCUUCCCAAGAUUAGGGUUUGCAGCACCACCUCCUUGGUUUUACUCCAUGCGUGCAAAUAGAUUUGGAACCAUUUCUUCAACUUGGCUACUUGGAAAUUUCCUUCAAGGCUUCCUACAAAGCUCUAGUGCCUUUGAAGUUUCCAUCAAUGGUGAACGGGUAUUCUCGAAGCUGAGGGAGAAGAGAUUUCCUGGAGAAAUCGAGUUGCGAGAACUUGUUGGCAAAAAGAUUGCGAAUUCAAGAAUUGUAGAUGGAAUCGAUGGAUCAAUUUGGUCUUAGUGCUCAUUUGGCUACUUUAUGUGUUGCUUUGCAUAAACCAAAUGGUCUAUUGUGUUUUGUUUGACCUCUUAUGACAUGCAAAACUUAUAAAUAUAAAGACGAUUGUGUUUAUGUUUACAA